AUGGAAAGACCACAGCAACAACGAACGAUGACGUUGGGUCCGUCUGCCCCGAUACAUGAUUGGGAAGUCGAGAAAGUGACGCUUUUGAAUGACCUUGAAGAGUAUCGGGACCGGGCCGAAAGCCUUGAACGGAAGAUCCAAGCGGAUAGAGCAACCUAUGAACGCAACACUGCAAGUCUCCUACGUGAAGUAAAAAUGAAAGAAAGUCUUUUGGAAAAACGGGCGCAAGAUAUUGAGCGCCAGCUGAUGGGUCAAAUACAAGACAUGCAGCGACAAAACGAAAACCAGCGCACCGAACAUGAGGAUGAGAUCCAGGAACUACGAGCACGGCACGACCAUGCGCUUGCCACUGAGCAGAAAAAACACGAGCGCCGUCUAGCGAGUAUGCAGGAACGAAUUGAAAAUGUUUCCGAGCAACGCGGGUACAGAGACCAAAUCGAAACGCUACGCUCGGAACUGACACGGGAACGGUCGCAACGUGCACAAGACAAAUUGGAAUGGCAAACGCGACAGCAACAAAUGGCCAGUCAGACGGCAUCGCAACGCGACCUGUCCGAGAAACACAAUGUGGAAAUGCAGCGGAUGCGUGAGCUGUUCAUGAACGAAUGUUACCAACAGUCGAUGCAGCAUGAAGCAAGGAUACAGAACUUGCGAUCCGAGUACGAAGAAGCGUUGCGGGAAGCCAGAGACCAGCUCGAGACAGAACAGGACGUGUGGGCCAUUGAACGACAGGCACAGGUGGAUCAGGCGACGCGCGUCGCACAGCAGGAGAAGGAGGAAGCUAUCAAGAAGCUCAGUGAGGAGUGGCGCGACAAGAUGUUGGAUGUGCAGACCAGCAUGUCCAAGGAUGCCUCAGCAAUCCAGCAGUAUUGGCAGGGCAAGCUGGAUGAAGCGGAGGCAACGAAAAAGGCAGAAAUUGAGCGGCUCAAGGGCGAAAUGGAAGUCGUCAAACAUCGACUCGGCAAGGAAAUUGAUCGAAGGAAGCAGAUGCAGGCCAAAUGGGCUACGGCGGUGGAAAAUGAACGACAUAGCAAGGUGUAUCAGCAACAACUCGAGCAGCAACUUGACACACUUGGAAAGGAAUUGAACGAGGUAAACAAGUCUUUUUGA